UCCAUUGUUGGUUUGUGAGUCAGACUUCUAAGUGCGUAAAGUUGGACACCAGAAGCGGAUCACAGAGCGGAUUAGCCAUGAACAGCGACGGCGAAGCCUCAUCACUGCAGAUGCCCCAGAUGACGGCCGGGGGCAUCCUCCAGGGCGAAGCCAACCAAUCGCCUGUCCCCGCCCCCAUUUCAGUGGCGGAGGCGGUGUCGAACACAGACUUCUACAUUGGAGUAGGACUGGCCAUCUCUUCCUGCUUCUUCAUAGGUUCCAGCUUUAUCAUCAAGAAGAAGGCCCUCAUCAGAUUGAGCAGAUACGGCGAGGUCAGAGCUUCAGCAGGAGGAUUUGGAUAUCUAAGGGAGUGGAUAUGGUGGGCGGGACUUCUCACGAUGGGUGUGGGAGAAGCGGCCAACUUUGCGGCCUAUGCCUUUGCGCCCGCCUCUUUGGUGACCCCCUUGGGUGCCCUUAGCGUGAUCAUCUCCGCCGUAAUGGCCUCCAAAUUCCUCAAUGAGAAGCUGAACUUACUGGGCAAGAUAGGAUGUUUCCUGUGCAUACUGGGAUCUACCAUCAUUGUGAUUCACUCGCCAAAAGAGAAGGAGGUCGAGGAUCUGCAGCUGCUGUUUGAUAUGCUUUUGGAUCCCGUAUUCAUUCUGUAUGUGAUCUGCAUCGUUGGAUCCACGGUGUUUGUGGCCUGUUUUAUUGCCCCACGCCAUGGACACACGAAUGUGGUGGUUUACAUAUUUAUGUGCUCCGGAAUUGGUUCCCUGACUGUGAUGUCCUGCAAGGCCUUGGGUCUGGCCAUCCGACAGACGUUGAAUAAUGGAGGAAAUGUAUUCCUCACCUGGAUGCCGUGGUUCCUAAUCUUGGUCACCGUUACGUUUAUAGCCAUCCAGAUGAACUAUUUAAACAAAGCGCUGGAUAUAUUUAACACUAGUAUAGUGACUCCAGUUUAUUAUGUGAUGUUCACCACCCUGGUGAUAGCUGCAUCAGCCAUCCUGUUCAAGGAAUUCACCCACAUGCGAUUCGAUGAUAUCCUGGGCGAUGUCUGCGGCUUUCUAAUCGUAAUCACAGCUGUCUUCCUGCUCAACGCCUUCAGAGAUAUUGAUAUAUCGCUGAAUGAUGUAAGAGGUCUCAUGCGACCGAAAAUGCAGAGGGUGUCGCAGUUCGACGAGGAAGUGCUGGUCACCAACAACUCUAAGGAACGACGUCUGUCCUACGGAUCGGGCGAUAUGUUCCGGAAGGCCUGACACAAACAGCGCUACCAGGUCUAGUUGCAUCCCCUGCAGCGGACGACCUGAAGACAAAGAGUUUACUCUGCAUACAAAGCAUUGGUCCAAAUAUCUGUGCAUAUCACUUGCAUUCAAACAUCUCAUCCCCAUUUAUUGUUCCUUCGAUCUUGUUAUCUACACAUUCACUAGUAUAAUAAAAUAGGUUUAGGUUGAUAACUAUAUUAAAAACGAUUUACUUAACAAA